CAACCUAACUCAAAUCUUCAACAAUGACUGGCCGAGGCAAGGGAGGAAAAGGUCUAGGAAAGGGUGGCGCCAAGCGUCAUCGCAAGGUUUUGCGUGAUAACAUCCAGGGAAUCACCAAGCCUGCUAUCCGUCGUCUGGCUCGUCGUGGAGGAGUCAAGCGUAUCUCCGGUUUGAUCUACGAGGAAACUCGUGGUGUUCUGAAGGUGUUCCUGGAAAACGUGAUCCGUGACGCUGUUACCUAUACUGAACACGCCAAGCGGAAGACCGUCACUGCCAUGGACGUCGUCUAUGCCUUGAAACGCCAGGGACGCACUCUGUACGUAGCUUUACACAAACGAAACGAUGAAUCAAUGGCUCGUACCAAGCAAACCGCUCGUAAGUCCACCGGAGGAAAAGCUCCUCGCAAACAGCUGGCCACUAAGGCUGCUCGUAAGAGUGCUCCAGCCACCGGAGGAGUCAAGAAGCCUCAUCGUUAUCGGCCAGGAACCGUUGCUCUGCGUGAGAUCCGUCGUUACCAGAAAUCCACCGAGCUGCUGAUCCGCAAGUUGCCCUUCCAGCGUCUGGUUCGUGAAAUCGCUCAGGAUUUCAAGACCGAUCUGCGUUUCCAGAGCUCGGCCGUCAUGGCUCUGCAGGAAGCUAGCGAGGCCUAUCUGGUUGGUCUCUUUGAGGACACCAAUCUGUGUGCCAUCCAUGCAAUGACUGGCCGAGGCAAGGGAGGAAAAGGUCUAGGAAAGGGUGGCGCCAAGCGUCAUCGCAAAGUUUUGCGUGAUAACAUCCAGGGAAUCACCAAGCCCGCUAUCCGUCGUCUGGCUCGUCGUGGAGGAGUCAAGCGUAUCUCCGGUUUGAUCUACGAGGAAACUCGUGGUGUUCUGAAGGUGUUCCUGGAAAACGUGAUCCGUGACGCUGUUACCUAUACUGAACACGCCAAGCGGAAGACCGUCACUGCCAUGGACGUCGUUUAUGCCUUGAAACGCCAGGGACGCACUCUGUACGGUUUCGGAGGUUAAAUUAUGGAAUCAAUGCUACCAAAAACGGUCCUUUUCAGGGCCACAAAAAGUAUUUUGGAGGAAAUCGACUUGAGUUUUUUAUUGUACAAUGCACGGAAGGAAGGGUAGCUAAGCCAAUCUUCUCUGUAUCGUUCCAAUUUUAGUAUAUGUCCAAUCAAUAUAAGUUUAUUUUUACUUGUUGAAACUCAGGAUCAGGCAAUCCGCGUAUUGACGAUCUUUGGUGGAACAAGCAAUCGUAAUUGUGGCGUGGCUUUGUAAAGACAUUACUGA